AUGAGUUCCUAUUUCGUGAAUCCCGCUUUUCCGGGGAGCUUGCCUAAUGGGCAAGAGUCGUUCCUCGGCCAGCUGCCCCUCUACCCGGCGGGCUACGAGGCUCUGAGGCAUUUCCCAGCCUCUUAUGGGGCCGGCAGCCUGCAGGACAAGACCUACUCCUCACCUUGCUUCUACCAGCAGUCCACCAACACGGUCAUCGCCUGCAACCGGGCAUCCUAUGAGUAUGGCGCCUCCUGCUUCUACUCGGACAAGGACCUGGGCGGCGCCGCCUCGCCCUCCGGCAGCGGCAAGCAGAGGGCCGGCCACCCUGGGGACUACCUGCCCUCCUUUGCCUCCGAGCAGCAGUACAAGCCCGAGAACGGGCCGGCCAAAACCCUAAAUGACGAAGGCAGCGACCGGAAGUACACCAGCCCUGUUUAUCCCUGGAUGCAAAGGAUGAACUCGUGUGCUGGUACAGUAUAUGGAACGCAUGGGCGACGAGGCAGACAAACCUACACCAGAUACCAGACCUUAGAGUUAGAGAAGGAAUUCCAUUUUAACAGAUAUUUAACCAGAAGGCGACGGAUUGAAAUUGCAAAUGCCCUCUGCCUUACUGAACGACAGAUUAAAAUCUGGUUUCAAAACAGGAGAAUGAAAUGGAAAAAAGAAAGCAAAUUGAUUAAUUCCACUCAACCCGGCGAGGAAGAGGAAGAAAAAUCAGGGGAGUAAAAUAAUGCUUAAGCAAGUUACCAGGUCUUUCAUUAGUCGCUUUUUUCGCUUCCCCCACAAGCCUCCCAGUUAUGUUCUUCUUCCCAGUAAAGUCCCUGAAGUGGUGCUUGUUGUGGCUGUUGCUGUUAUUCCGAUGAUUCUCAA